AUGUUUGCCCUGGAGGGAAGUGGAGGGACUGGGAAAACCCACCCUAUAAACCUGAUUCUUGCGGUUGUCCGUUCCUUUAAGAAGAUCACCCUUGCUACAGCUCUGUCAGGCAAUGCAGCAACUCUGCUCUCAAAUGGCAGAACAUUACACAGCAGAUGCAAAAUACCUCUGUGUGUGAACGAACAGUCCAUGUGCAGUGUGAGUCCCCGAGAUGCCAGUGGCACUUUAUUACGCCAAACAGAGCUGCUCAUCAUUGAUGAAGUAUCGAUGGGCCACAAACACAUCUUUGAAGCCACAGACCGAACACAUCAAGACAUAUGGGGGAAUAACUCUCUGUUCGGUUUGCUAACUGUGCUGAUGUCGGGUGACUGGCGCCAAAUACUACCAGUAGUUCGCCAUGGCUCAAGAUCACAGAUAGUCAAUGCAACGCUGAAAUCAUCAUAUCUGUGGGAGUUUGUUAAUGUUCUCAGACUGACAAGAAACAUGGGGGUUUUGCUUACAGGUGAGACUGCUGAUUUCUCCUACUAUCUACUGGACAUUGGUAAUGGAAAACACAACGUAUGCAAGCAAAGCGUGGAGUUUGCGAUAAAACUGCCAGAUGACAUCACAGUAAAGAGCGAACGAGAGUUGAUAAAUUGUGUCUUCGGUAACUUGCAGUCUAAUACAAAUCCUGACUGGUUGGCUUCCCGCUGCAUCAUCAGUCCCACCAACACAGAAGUAGACAGAAUCAACAACCUGAUCAUGCAGUCCUUUCUCGGAGAAAAAAAGUCUACAAGAGCAGUGAUUUGGUGGAAGAAAAUGAACACCAAUACCCCAUCGAAUUUAUCAAUUCUCUAUGUCCGUCAGGGCUUCGAUCUCCGGUUUCUGACGGUGAUAGAAACUGGCAGACGAAACUGGUUUAACUGA